AUGAGGUGCCUUUCUACGAACGAUACUUCAGCAUUGAGUAUCCAAAACUCGAAGUUUUGGGUAGGUUUAGAGUCGAUGUUGCCGCUAAAAUCGCUCCGUGAGCCCUUAAUCUUGGUGUGCGAUAGCCGUGACAGGUUUUUGGACGAUGAUUACGAGUUUGAAGCUCUUUUGAGACUGUUCUCCCUCGAAAUUCAGCAUAAAAUACUAAGCAGAAAGAACCAGAGUUUAAGGAACACAGCGCUGUGUAACCAGAUCUUGCAGCUGACUGGAAUAUCAACGGUCACAGGACUGGAUUUCCGCUCGCUGAAACUAGAAUACACGCCCUACGGGAAGCCUGUGUGUCCAGCGAUGACGGGGCUGGCGUUCAAUAUGUCAAACAGCGACGGCUUAACGGCUAUGUAUCUGGAUGCGGCACCAAACGUAGGAAUCGACCUUGCUAGCACGAGAGAGUGUCUCAAUUUUGGUGACGGGUAUCUGGAGACGUUCAAAAGCAUUUUUUCUGCCCGUGAACUCGACAGUCUCGAACAAACUCCAGCAGGCUCGUUACGGGACCGCAAAUUUACGCAUUAUUGGUCUCUCAAAGAAGCCUACACUAAACUUACCGGCACAGGACUCAAUUGUGACCUAUCAGCUAUUGAUAUCGGCACUCUCGAGCCCUGGCAACCCACAGACGUCGUUCAAACGAUGUUGCGCGAUAUCAACGGUGAGCGCAUAAUAUUCCAGUCCCAGUGGCUAAAAACUGAUGUGGUUGUCUCGGUAUGCAAGAGAACUGAUUCACAAAGCCAGACACCGGAAAAGAUCCCAGCCUGUGUGACUGAGCUCAGGAUAGCUGAGCUCGCGGCCUAUUUGCAUAGUACAAAGUGA